AUGCAUGCAUGUAAUAUAUGGAACAGAGACAGGGUUGUUGAAGAAGCAUAUAGAGUUUUGAAACCUGGAGGGAGAUUUAUGUGUCUAGAAUUUAGUCAAGUUCCAAACCCUGUGAUCAGGAGUGUGUACGAUGAAUAUUCAUUUCAAGUAAUUCCAGUACUAGGACAAGUUUUAGCAGCAGAUUGGAAAUCCUAUCAGUAUCUGGUUGAAAGUAUAAGGCAAUUUCCAAAUCAGAAAGACUUCAAAUCACUGAUAGAGUUGUGUGGUUUUAAGGCAGUGACAUAUGAAAACUUGACAUUCGGUGUCGUUGCAAUACAUUCUGGAUUUAAGCUGUAACAUUACUGCAUUAUAGAUUAUAUUCUUAUUUUAGGAAUUAACUAAUUAAAGUAAAGUUGACACAGUCAGUGUGAACUUAGAAUUGCUUUCUAACAGUGCUGAAUAUAUAUAUGAAGGAAUA